UUUUUUUUUUUCCUUUUUCUUCUUUAACCCUCCCCAUUUUUCUAUCUCUCAAUGGGCUGCGUUUCUUCCAAACAUAUCAACCUCACCGAUAACGCCUCCAUCUCCCGUAAACGAUUAUCGAAACCCAACCUACCCUCCUACAAGUCUUCUUCAUCCUCAAUUAUAUCUUCAGGCAAUAACAAUAAUCCGCCUGCCUACUACUCCGAUAUGAAGCUUGGUCUCAACACAAAGUCUAACCCAAUCCUAACAGAGCCAGAGGGUAUUAACCAUCGUAAGGCAGUCCUGCGUGAUGAUAAGGUGCGAGCAUUAAGUGAGGGGUUCAAUGCUGACCCUAAGAACUUGAUGGUUCAGAAUGCGGCACACUCACUUGACUUUUCAAAGUUGAUCACGAACCGUGAUGUGCUCGUUGAUGAUAACCAUGUCUUCAAUACCAAGAUCCCAUCAGAGGCUGUGGUCACCAACCAGAAGAGCUCAGGCAGAUGCUGGAUCUUUGCAGCACUCAAUGUCUUCCGACUUGAAGUGAUCAAGAAGUACAACCUUGAUGAGUUUGAGCUUUCGCAAGGAUACCUAUUCUUCUGGGAUAAGUUUGAGAAGAGCAACUGGUUCUUGGAGUGCAUGAUCGAUUUAUGUGAUAGGGAUGUCAAUGAUCGCGUGGUUCAACACUUGCUCAAAGAACCUAUUAGUGAUGGAGGCCAAUGGGAUAUGCUCAUCAACUUGAUUGAGCGGUAUGGUGUGGUCCCGAAAUCUAUAUACCCAGAAUCUUUCAGCUCAUCCAACUCUGGAAAGCUUAACCAGCUCGUCCUCUCUAAGCUCCGAGACCAUGCUGUCGCACUUCGACGUAUGGCUGCCCAAGGUCAUUCAUUGGAGGAACUGCGUCAAAAGAAGGACAGGGCAUUGAAAGAAAUCUACACCAUCAUGGCCAUCACACUUGGCGAACCACCCAAGAAACCCUUUACCUGGGCCUUCAGGAACAAAGACAAGAAGUUUUACGAAUUCAAGGACUUGACCCCUCAGGCUUACUUCAAGGAGCACGUUGGCUACCCUGUAAAGGAUACAGUCUCGAUCAUCAACGACCCUCGCAACAGAUACUUUUCCUUGUACACCGUCCAAUAUCUUGGCAACAUUGCUGGUGGGCGUCCUAUCCGUUAUGUGAACGCGCCAAUCGAGGAUCUGAAGGAACUGGCCAUCAAAAAGCUCCAGCAAGGCAAUCCUGUGUGGUUUGGUGCAGAUGUUGGUAAAUAUCUUCACCGCGAUGCUGGCAUCCUCGACCCCAAACUGUUCCAGUAUGAUCUUGCAUUCAACAUUAGCUUCAACAUGACUAAAGCUGAGCGUCUGAUCCAUGGUGAAUCACUGAUGACCCAUGCAAUGGUCUUCACCGGCGUUCAUCUGGAUGAGGAUGGCAAGCCUGUUCGAUGGAGAGUAGAGAACAGUUGGGGCAAUGUCGGAGGCGACAAGGGCUAUUUAACUAUGAGUGAUGCUUGGUUCACAGAGUUUGUGUAUCAAGUUGUGCUGGAGAAAGACAUUGUUCCCCAAAAAUUCUUGGAUGUUCUCCAGCAAGAAGUUCACGUUCUUCCAGCCUUUGACCCCAUGGGUGCCUUGGCAUAACUUUGGUUAUUAAAACCUGCGUUCUCUCUUAAUAUCUUUGAAUAAAUAAAUAAAUAAAAUAUGUCUGUUGUGCCCAUUUAGCACAUGAGCAAGCUCCUCUGUAAUAGGGUUUGUAAUGGAGAUAAAAAAAGUUCCAAGUUUAAAUAAAUAGACACCAGCUUUGGUGAAAAGUCUUAC